GCCCUACUACCACUAUAGUACUUAUCCGCACAGCGCGAGCGACAGUUCCCCACGCCCAGAUUUAAGGCCCCCCUCCCCUGUCUGGGUUCACAAGCAAACACAUCAUAAGCACUAUCACAGCCCCUCCUUUCCCCUGGUCUGCCCGCAGUUGUCAGGGACCACUUUGAGCUACAGCAGUCCUUGACAAAACCGCAUUUGUCCUCGUGAUACCCUCCUACCGUCCUCGAAUUCUAGCCUGUCGCGCCUACCUGGCAGUUUGUCGCGCGAGCACCCAAGCAAGCCUGACUGUGCCCCUCACAUCGAAACCUCCUACGAGCUCGAUCGCCCCUACUUCGAUACCAAUUCUUCUGCACGAAGAUCCGUACUCAAGCGAAUAUGAGUUUCUCAACUAUGCUCAACCGGCUGCACGGCCAACCUGAAAGUUACGACAAGAAGGCCAAAUACCGCUUCGGCAGAACACUGGGCGCAGGCACUUAUGGUAUCGUCAGAGAGGCCGACAGCCCAGAUGGCAAAGUAGCUGUCAAGAUCAUCCUCAAGAAGAAUGUCAAGGGCAAUGAGAGGAUGGUGUACGACGAGUUGGAGAUGCUACAGCGUCUGAAACAUCCUCAUAUUGUCAAGUUUGUUGACUGGUUCGAGUCGAGGGACAAGUACUAUAUCGUCACGGAAUUGGCGACAGGUGGCGAGCUGUUCGACCGUAUCUGCGAGCAGGGCAAGUUCACGGAAAAGGACGCCUCCCAGACCAUCAAGCAGGUGCUGGGCGCAGUCGAGUACCUCCACACCAGGAACGUGGUCCACAGAGAUCUCAAGCCCGAAAAUCUUCUUUACAAGCACAAAGCUCAGGACUCAGAACUAGUGCUUGCCGAUUUUGGCAUCGCCAAGAUGCUUGACAGCAAAGACGAAGUCCUGACCACCAUGGCGGGAUCGUUUGGGUAUGCGGCGCCGGAAGUGAUGCUUAAGAAGGGCCACGGCAAGCCCGUUGACAUGUGGUCCAUGGGCGUCAUCACCUACACACUGCUGUGUGGCUACUCGCCGUUCCGCUCCGAGAACCUGCAGGACCUGAUUGAGGAGUGUACCAGUGCGCAGGUGGUCUUCCACGAGCGUUACUGGAAGGAUGUUAGUGACGACGCCAAGGACUUCAUCAUGUGCCUGCUGAAGCCCAACCCCGAUGACCGGUGGUCUUCUGCCGACGCCAUGAAGCACCCCUGGCUCCGUGGCGAGAGCGCCACGGACCACAACCUGCUGCCCGAGAUCAAGGCCUUCAUGGCCAAGGCCCGCCUGCGGAGAGGUAUCGAGAUGGUCAAAUUGGCCAACAGGAUCGAGGCCCUCAAGAUGCACGAGGACGACGCCGAGGACUCCGACAUACCCAACGUCAUCCCCGCCGACCAGGCUGCGACCGUCGAUGGCGCGAGCAGCAGCUCCAGCAGCUCGGCGCAAAACCCCGAGGGCGGGAGUAAGCUGGCCAAGAAGCUCAAGGGCGCCAUCUUCCGCGAGGUCGUGCUCGCCAAGGUGCGCGAGAUGAAGGAGCAGGAGCAGACGUUGAAGGUGGCAGAGCAGGUGGAGAAGGAUGCCAAGCGCCGCAGCUUCCACGAGUGAUCCGACACGGUCCAUGUCAUUUGUGGUGGAUAUGAUAGAGCCGAGGAAGAAAGCAGAGGGGGUUCUUCAUUGUCGAUUCAAAGUCAUGGAGUACGGUCUGCGGUCCUUGCCCCCUCCUACCUUCUGUCUUUCCCUUCUUCUCUCUUCUUGCUGUAGAGCCUGGUCCUUUGUUUCAAAAUCCUUGCACAUGGUUCACUUGGCCAUGAAGCCGAUCAUCGCUUUGCUGUGCUCGCUUGGGAUGUAGCUGGCGUACAUUUUGUUUCUUUGUUUUCUUGUUUUUAUCUGGACAACAUAGUCUUCAGCGGUCGAAAUAACCUGGGGGUUCGAUGCUGAAGGAGUAUCGUGACAGGUUGGGGAAGGCACAAUGAAAAUACAAACAGGCCAGUAUUGGCAUUCAAUGU